AUGAGGCAUGGGCGACGUCCGAAACCGCGAGGCGGAGGAAGAGCCAGCAGGUCCCCGGAGCGCGCCAACACACGGGCCGAUGAAGGCAUGGCGACGUCCGAAACAGCGCGCAGCGAGCCGGGGGCCGCGGCAAUGCUGCACCCCUGGCCGAUGAAGGGCGCGAGCGUGUGUCGGUCGAUAACCGCGCGUCGGGGGGUGCAAAGGCAGGAGGGUGCGCACAGCGAGGGGAGAUCGGACCAGCAGGUAGCGCCACGGCACAACAGCGAGAGCGACGCUCCCCUCGCGGCGCUAUCAGAGACAACCAGAGUAAAAGCUUCAAAUAAAGGCCGAAACUGUUCACCAACACAAAGGAGAAAAUACGGGAGCGAAGCUGCAAGGCGACGAAAGCGAGCGAGAUACACCCAGCUUCUUAUCCAGCGCGGGGCACACACUCGCGGCCUGCGUCUCUGCCGGGCGGUCAAAGUCGUCUACGUCCGUCCGGCAAACUCUCGAGACGUGUCAGGCACCAUGAUGCCGAGAGAUAGGAGUCAGGCGGGCACGGCAUAUGAUCGAAUCGAAAGAGUACAGGCGGUUUUGGAAACAGAUCUGUGUUUUGUGGCUGCAGGUGUAAAAGGAUUUGUCGGGAGGGGGGGCAGGCCAGGACACGGCGGACGUCCUGGAGUCAAAGGGGAAGAGGGGGAUCGAGGCUUCCUUGGAUCAAAAGGGACCUUGGGUGAACGAGGACAGGUCGGUGCUAAAGGUAUUCCCGGUCGCCCCGGCCCGUGCCAGGACGCUCCGGAGAACGACGGCUUCCUGUUCACCAGACACAGCCAGGAACUCUUUAUCCCAGAAUGCCCUGCAGGAUCCACCCUGAUGUACAGCGGCUACUCGCUGCUGUUCAUCAACGGAAACAACCGAGCGCACGGACAAGACCUGGGUACAUUAGGUAGUUGUUUACCUCGCUUCACCACCAUGCCCUUCCUGUUCUGCAACACCGACAACACCUGCCGCUACGCCUCCCGCAACGACUACUCCUAUUGGCUGUCCACCGACAAACCACUGCCGGGUAGCAUGCCGCUGAUCUCCGGGGACUCUCUGAAGGACUACAUCAGCCGGUGUUCGGUGUGCGAGGCCCGGGCCAACGUGAUCUCCGUCCACAGUCAGACCAGCGAGAUCCCAGAGUGUCCGUCGGGAUGGGACCCCCUGUGGCUCGGAUACUCCUUCGUCAUGGAGACGGGGGUGGGGGCUGAGGGUUCAGGUCAGCCUCUGGCCUCUCCAGGAUCCUGCUUGCAAAACUUCCGGAAGAUUCCCUUCAUCGAGUGCCACGGCAGAGGAACCUGCAACUACUACACCGACUCCUACAGCUACUGGCUGGCCGCCCUCAACCCCAACGACAUGUUCAGUAAACCGAAGCCUCAGACCGACACCGGAGAGUUUCCGGGAAAUCUGAUCAGCCGCUGCCGAGUCUGCAUGAAGCAACUGUAACUAACUACUGAAACUACAGAUACUACUGAAACUACAGAUACUACUGCUGUAAAUACUACUGACUCUGUACUCCUGAUAAAUACUCAUGAGUAUUCACACAACAGAGAAACAGGGGUGGGACCUAAGUACGUUUAUUAAAUAAAAUGUUGAGGUAUUUCCACGUUGCUAAUUUCUACUUUUACUCCAUUACAUGUUGUAACCCACUGCUUCAGUUACCAGCUGCUUUGCGGAUUAAGAUAUUCAUACACAAUCAUGUAAAUACAAAAGAUACGUCCUUAAACGUGAAUAAGGACUGUGUUUGUCUACAUCAGUAAAAUCCUACUUAAUGCAACAUUGAUGUUAAUAACAUUUCAGGAUGAAAAAUUUAAUUUUGAGACUUUAAGUCCAAUUUGCUGAUUAAACGACGCAUCAUGCAACUUACACUUGGAGCAUUUUAACGGUAAUCUUUUGGUACUUUUACGACAGUUCAGUAUCUGAAUACUUCUUCCAGUGGUAUUAAUAUGACCAAUAAUACUGCUGCAGUACCUCCUGCAGCCAGGAGAGGGCAGUGCUGAAACACCACUGAAGAAGAAAGGAGCUCCUAGAAAACUUGAAAUGAAUGAGAACAAUAAUUAAAUAAAAAUCACAUUGCUAUUUUCUGCGCGGCGACUGAGUGUGGAGCCUUUUAUUGGGAUGAUUCUCACAGCAAUGCAUUCUGGGGCUUGUGGUUGCCAUUACAAAAAUCUGCAGGAACUUCAUCUGUGUUAAACCAUUUUAAUAAACUGGAAUAUUAGUAUUACGUGUUUACAGUCCGACAUUGUCUAAUCCUCGUUGUACAUAAUCUUCUCCUGUAACUGUUAACGAUCACUGAUAACAUUUGUGAAUAUUAUUCUUGUUGAGUUUCAAUAAAACAU